AUGGCGGCUAACGAAGAACAAGGAAGUAUUUUGAAAGCUCUUGACGUAGCAAAGACUCAAUGGUACCACUUCACAGCGGUUAUAGUCUCUGGUAUGGGUUUCUUCACAGACUCAUACGAUCUCUUCGUGAUAUCUCUUGUCACGAAGCUCCUUGGCCGGAUCUACUACCAAGUUCCUGGCUCAUCCUCUCCUGGAAGUCUCCCUGAUGGCAUCUCUGCGGCCGUGAGCGGUGUGGCCUUUGCCGGGACGUUUCUCGGACAGAUCUUUUUCGGGUGUCUUGGUGAUAAGCUCGGACGUAAGAGAGUCUAUGGUUUGACACUCUUGAUCAUGACCAUAUGCUCUAUAUGUUCUGGUCUUUCCUUUGGUCGUGACCCCAAACUUGUCAUGGUAACUCUUUGCUUCUUCCGCUUCUGGCUCGGGUUUGGUAUCGGUGGUGACUAUCCUCUCUCGGCUACGAUCAUGUCCGAGUAUGCUAACAAACGUACUCGUGGUGCGUUCAUAGCUGGGGUUUUUAGUAUGCAAGGAGUUGGGAUCUUAGCCGCGGGAGCUGUCUCGUUACUUGUCUCUUAUAUUUUCGAGAUUAGCUUUCCAUCUCGAGCCUAUGCAUUGGACGGUGCAGCCUCAACAGUACCACAAGCGGAUUACGUGUGGAGGAUCAUUCUCAUGGUAGGUGCUGUACCAGCUCUCGCGACUUACUACUGGCGUAUGAAGAUGCCUGAAACUGCUCGUUACACUGCACUAGUCUCCAAGAACGCUGACCAAGCUGCUUCGGAUAUGAGUAGGGUUCUUAACGUAGACGUUGAAGCCUCUUCAGCGAAACAUGACCAAGCUAGGGUUUCAACUGACGAGUUUGGCUUGUUCACCAAGAAAUUCCUUAGCCGUCAUGGACUUCACUUAUUCGGAACAGCCAUCACAUGGUUCCUCCUUGACAUUGCUUUCUACAGCCAAAACUUGUUCCAGAAAGAUAUCUUCACCACCAUUGGAUGGUUACCUCCGGCUAAAACCAUGAACGCAAUCCAAGAGCUCUACGUAAUCGCUAGGGCACAAACCCUAAUCGCUCUUUGCAGUACGGUUCCAGGUUACAUUGCUACUAUAAUUUUUAUCGACAGAUUGGGACGGUACAAGAUUCAGAUUAUUGGAUUCACUAUGAUGACUGUCUUCAUGUUGGCUUUAGCCGUACCAUACCAUCAUUGGACUUUACCAGCUAACCGGAUUGGUUUUGUGAUCUUAUACUCUUUAACCUUCUUCUUCUCCAACUUUGGACCUAACGCAACCACGUUCAUUGUCCCGGCUGAGAUUUUUCCGACGAGGCUUAGGUCGACUUGUCACGGUAUCUCGGCGGCGUCUGGUAAAGCUGGUGCAAUGGUCGGUUCAUUUGGGUUUGCUGCUUUGGUUAAGGCUGUAGGUAUGAGUACGACGUUAUACAUCAUGGCAGGUAUCAAUGGUCUUGGCUUGCUGGUCACGUUAUUUAUCAUUCCGGAGUCUAAGGGGAUAUCACUUGAGGAGCUUACAGGCGAAACUGAACCGGAGAAAACUCAGGACAAGAUUGUUGUUUAG